AUAUAAUGGUACAUUAAACAAUAAUACUCAAAUACAUAUAGUUCAUCACUAUGAAAAGUUCACAAAACAAUUACAUCGGAUCAUUCUUGAGCUAGGAUAGAUGCGGGUAGGGUAGGUAAUGGGGACUUUCCCUCUAGAGGUCAUUGUCAGUUUUGCGGUAUGCCAAUCGAUUGGUACAUCGCAAUGCUUCAGCCACACCCAACGACUCGAGACAAGACCGAUCAAAGAUAUCGAUUGGUGCAGCGUCGGUCGGCAUGGUCGGUUUGGUGUCGCGUGUCGUUAGUAUGACUAGAUCAUUGUAUUCAGCAUGUACAACAAAGGAAAGCACACGCGUGAAAAUUCACCCAUGAACUCAAACCCUAGGCAAUAAAACUAACUUGAAUAGACACACACUGUGCUCCAUUAGAAUCAUGUUGUGCAGUAAUUGCACAUUUCUUUCGAUUCGAUCUACACAAUUCCCUCCUCCUUUUUGGAAAAUUUCAUCAACUGUCUCUUAAUCCUUAUUGGUUUUCUUUCAAAAGCAGCACUCCCCACAUUCAAGGUUUGCACAUGAAAAAGCAAUAGCAGGCGUUCCUUAAAAUAUAACAAAAGAAUACAGGAUGCUUGCUAAUUUAAAUUUAGAAGGACCUUGGUGACCAAGUUAUGAAUAUUCCGUCUAUUCAUGUCGUUUUUAAAAAGACAACACUGCUCAUCGCGCCCUACCCAGUAGCUCUGAGGAAGGUAAAUUCCCCUGUCCUGCACCUUUAACGAACUUGACGAAAACAUUUUUAUUCAUUCCUUGUUAUGCCGUCUGGCUUUCUAAGAGACAAGGCUUAUCAACAUUGUCAACCAUUCUUGCAUGCUUCGACCGUACAGGAUCUCUUCGUUUAAAUGAUUUUACUCCAGGGAGUAGGAUGUUGUAUUCAAGCGCAAAGACGCCAAUCAUACAUUUCGACUAUAGAUGACAUUUUAUUGAAUGAAUACUGGUAUAAAUGAACAUCAUCACAUCGCAUUGUGGAAAGAAACAAAAAUCAGGAUGCCUACUCUGUCUCAAAGUGUGCUUUUUAUGAUAAUUAUAUUUUCGACGCUUUGCCGCCCCAACAGGGCCGGAAACGAGCUGUUCUUUCCAUAUGGAUCAGACGCAAAUGAUAAUGAAUUAGAAAAUAAUGAUGAUUCAAGUACAACGGAGGAUAUUGCAACCGGUCUGGGAUUUAAGUACUACGGUUCUCAGAGGAACAAUAUCAUAGUGAACAAUAACGCAGUCAUAUAUCUGGAAAGUAGCGUAGACGAUGGUGCCCGUCGAGUCCAGCUACCUCCAGUGCUUCUGCAGGGUUCAGAAUAUUCUCUCAUUACACCAUACUGGGCAGACACUGAUCCAACUUUGGAUGGCGCCAGCGUAUUUUACCGAAGCGUAUCGCGUGAGAGUAGCGGUGGCGAUGAGGCAUUUGGUAUGGCUGAUGAUAUCGUGAGGACGUCGUACAUGGAGUUGCAGAAUUUCGAGACUUCCUGGUUAUUCGUCGUAACAUUCGAUGAAUUAGGAUUUUUUAACCAAGCUUUUCCUGGUUAUGAGAUGUAUACACAUCUACGAAACUCAUAUCAAGUUGUAUUGCUUACCGAUGGGGAGCUUUCAUUCUGCAUAUUCAACUACGGAAACCUUACCUGGACAACAGGUUGGGUACAAGAUGAGAACGGCAAUCGUGCAGCAAGCGAUGGACAAGAAGGAACUUCUCCAGCUCAGGCUGGUUUUAGUGCUGGUGAUAAUUCGAAUUAUUACGACCUGGAGGGAUCUAAUACCCAAGAAAUCAUUAAUAUUAAUCGAAAGAGUAACAUAAACGUUCCUGGGAGAUUCAUCUUUAGAAUUGACGGAGCAGCAAUAACAGAACCAUUUAUCCCUAUAUCAGCACGGUUCCUUCCCUAUGGCCCAGGGAUGGGUGAUACGAGGAUAGAGAAUCAGAACGAUAUCAACACACCUGAUAUUCUGACGGGUCAAGGAUUUAAAUUCUAUGGAUCAGUGAGGGAUACUCUGAGAGUGAAUGACAACGGUGUUAUUUUCUUUGGGCAAGAUGAGCCCAACAUCAAUGCCUCCAUCCCACUGGUCGACGUUCCUUUUAUCGCUCCAUUCUGGGCAGACGUAGACAUAACCAGCGACCGUGGCGUAAUUUACUAUCGUAAUGUUUCCCGCGUCAAUAGUAAUGAUAGUGCAUUUGAAAGGGCUGAAGCCACUGUGAGGACAUCAUCUAUGGAACUCCAGAAUUUUCAUUCUUCCUGGAUGUUCAUAGUGACAUGGGAAAGUGUGUCAUAUUAUCAAGAUCCCGUUGAUAACCAGUAUGAUCGUCUGAGGAACUCAUUUCAGACAGUCUUACUAACCGAUGGGAGUAUAUCGUUGAGUCUGUUCAUAUACGGUGAUAUCACAUGGACGACUGGUGUCAAUCAAGGUGGCAAUACUUCAGGUCUUGGCGGGAAUGAAGCUCAGGUUGGUUUCAAUGCUGGUGAUGGGGUGAAAUCGCAUGUCUUAGAUGGCUCUUAUACUCCAGAUGUAUUGAACAUCGACAACAGAACAAACAUUGGAAUUCCUGGCAUAUUCAUAUUCAGAAUAGACACUGAGAAUAUUGCACAAUCCCGUUGUAAAUCCUUGGGAAAAUUAUCGCUUAAUCCAUCGAUUGGGAGUAUGUUAGGAGGAACUGAAGUGAUCAUUGAAGGCGCAUGUUUCAACUCUACCAGCAUCAUCAAGUGUCGCUUUGAUGAGAAAGUGGUCAAUGGAAUGGUGAUUUCACCCACGUCUGCAGUGUGUGUUACUCCUACAUUCUUCAAAACUGGACGUGUCCCGCUAAAUGUUUCGAUCUAUAAUGGAUCUACGUUUGAUUUCACUGCUACUUUUACAUUUGAAAAUGUUGAGGAAACAACCUCAGGGGUGACGACGACAGCAACAACCAGCCCAAGUUUCCUUCCCACAUUCAAGGUGACAUGGGACACCAUUCGGCUGAUGCACGUCGAAACAGUCGACGUGAUCGUGUACGGUUACAGCAAAGACGGUGUGGGCGCCCUGGAGAAGAUAAUGACAUUGGCAGAGAACAUCAGCUACCAUGAUGGUUCUGUUAACGUCACAGUGCCUUCAACCAACACCAGCUACGAGGUUGGUGUGUUCGGGGUUCUACAGCACCAGGAUGUGACGCCAUCUAACAAUGGUCUUGAUGGACGUGCUGGUAUGUGGAGCGAGGUCCAUGUUCUUCAGUGGCUCAGAGACCACGAACCUUCCUCUUGGUGUGCCCAGUGGGUCACCGACAAUGACAAGGAGAACGAUUUCAUCGACGCUGCUCCGGCUUGCCCGUGCACGGUCUGGGUCGCAAUGCUCGACUUUGCUCGGUUUCGGCGUGAUCCUAAAUGUUACCAAGGCUCUAGCAGGGAAGAUAAUUGCCAGUUCAGACCAGGAGCCGUUCAUUGUGUUCGGGCCAUCCAACACAGUGAGUUAGGUGGUGGGCAAGAAUGCUGUUACGACAGUGACGGUAACAUCAGUAACGCCCAAAUAUUCCAAGCAGGAGGAGGAUUUGCUCACCGUUAUCAUCACAACGGCAUUCGCCCUUACGUAAAUGCAACGCAGGUCCCCUUCCUGUCGCAUUUUAUGGCUGAUGUCUUACCAUGGACAUACUGCUGCCACCUAGGAAAUCAGGUCCCCGACACAACUGAUCUGAGUAGUGGGUGUCUCCAGUAUACAGAGAGGAGGCCAUCACAGCUCUGCAAUGAUUAUGUACCCCCAAACCUCGCAUUGGGAAACGGUGACCCACACAUCAUUACUCUGGACAUGAAGAACUACACAUUCAACGGACAUGGUGAAUUUAUUCUUCUUAAGACCCUGGAUGAAUCGUUUGUUCUUCACACAAGAACUGCACCAUUUCAAGAUGUGAACGCGACAGUUUUUAUAGCCGUUGCCGCCCAGUGUAACGAUAGUGACGUCAUCCAUGUUGAGAUUAAUGAAGAACGGAUCAUGGAUGCAUACGCCCGUCCUCAGCAGGGCGGUGACUUCGAACGGAUUGAUUUUGAGCAGGCGACAGCUUGGAAUUAUGAAGGUGUAUCUGUAAUAGGUCUCGAUAUAUCGUCUAAUGGUAUACUUGUGGCCUUCGAGGGUGGCUCAGGUUUAAAACUCAUGGCUGCUGAGGGUGCCCUCAUCAUUCAGUUGGUGCCUCAUCCCUCAUUCAGGGAGCAGACUCGUGGUCUGAUGGGCACUUGGACUGAUGAUGUCAGUGAUGACUUCAUGACACCGGAUGGAACUGUCUUGUCACCUAAUUCAUCGACGGAAGAGAUAUACUUUCAGUUUGGACUCAAAUGGAACGUCUCUGAGGAUAAUUCAUUGCUCUACUAUCCGGAGGGAAUAAAUCAGAACAAUACUUCAGACUUGGAUUACGUACCAAUGUUUGAAGCUACAGCUAACCCCAGCAUCAACCAAAGCCUUGUCCAAGAUAUCUGCGAUGGCGAUGAGUUCUGCAUCUUUGAUCUGCAAAUUACCGGGAGUAUCAGCUUUGCUCAAAGUACAGCCAAUGCACUGCAGGAAUUCCAGGAAGCCCAAGAUGCAUUCAAUAUAGUGACAUGUCCUACUCUUGGUUCACCUGACCUUGGGAAUGCUAUCAUCAGUAGAUACACCCCUGGAGGUGAAGCGAACUACACUUGUAUUGAAGGCUAUCUGAUCAGUGAUGAUGCCACGAUAAUGUGCCAAUCAGAUGGAUCAUGGAGUAAUGACGCCAUUCCACGUUGUAUUGAUAAUGUGAAACCUCGCGUUACUUGUCCCGGUGUUACAUCAAAUACAACACUACAAGGACAACCUAGAGGGAUUGUCUUCUGGCAGGAACCAACGGUGGAGGAAAAUUCAGACAACUACACCGUUUCCUUGGUGGGGUCUGUUUUCAAUGGUGGAGACUUUCCCAUCGGCUUAUCAAACAUUACCUACGUGGUGACAGAUGCUGCUGGACUCAACGACACGUGCACGUUCAUAGUAAAUGUAACAGACGAUGAAGAUCCAACGAUCCAAUGUCCGAACUCAAUCGUUACCAUGACAGCACCAUCUCUAGACUCUGCAGAGAUUAUCUGGCCUCUCCUUAAUGCGUCUGACAAUUCUGGUGUGGAGGUAACAAUCACACCUAAUGGGGAAAAUAGGAAUGGGACUAACUUCACAAUCGGUGCAGAACUGAUCUUCUAUAUUGCAAUGGAUUCAUCUGGAAAUACUGUGGAGUGUUCAUUUUGGGUCAACGUUACAGACAUGGAACAGCCUAUGAUCACAUGUCCGGUUAUACCCACACUACCAACCGAGGAAAGUAAAUCAUACGCCAAGGUUUCCUGGGAAGAGCCAUCCGUUUCCAAUGGCACAAUCACUGACAAUUCUGGAUCAGCUCAGUCCAAAUUUCUCGGUCCGGGGAGUAAUGGAGGAAACUUCGAAAUCGGGAUUCAUGUCUUGACAUAUUUAGUUACAGAUGAAGCAGGCAAUUCCAAUAACUGUACAUUCUUGAUUGAUGUCAUAGAUACCGAAAAACCACGAAUCACCUGUCCAAACGUGACAUCAAACACCACACUUCAUCAACGAUCCGUUGGAAUGGUGACUUGGAUGCAACCAACCGUUGAGGAAAACUCAGGCAUAUUCAACAUUUCCUUGAUCGAGCCUGCUUCCAAUGGAGGAGAAUACCCAAUUGGUGUUUCAAACAUUACCUAUGUCGUAACCGACGAUGCCGGGUUGAUGGAUUCUUGCACUUUUUCUGUAGUUGUGAUAGAUGAUGAAGAUCCAUCGAUCCAAUGUCCAAACUCAAUCGUUACCAAGACAGCACCAUCUCUAGACUCUGCAGAGAUAAUCUGGCCUCUCCUUAAUGCAUCUGACAAUUCUGGCGUGGAGGUUACCAUCACACCUAAUGGGGAGAAUAGGAAUGGGACUAACUUCACAAUCGGUGCAGAACUGAUCUCCUAUAUUGCAACGGAUUCAUCAGGAAAUACCGAGGAUUGUUCAUUUUGGGUCAACGUUACAGACAUGGAACAACCUAUGAUCACAUGUCCGGUUAUACCCACACUACCAACCGAGGAAAGUAAAUCUUACGCCAAGGUUUCCUGGGAAGGGCCAUCCGUUUCCAAUGGCACCAUCACUGAUAAUUCUGGAUCAGCUCAGCCCAAAUUUCUCGGUCCGGGGAGUAAUGGAGGAAACUUCGAAAUCGGGAUUCAUGUCUUGACAUAUUUGGUUACAGAUGAAGCAGGCAAUUCCAAUAACUGUACAUUCUUAAUUGAUGUCAUAGAUACCGAAAAACCACGAAUCACAUGUCCAAACGUGACGUCAAACACCACACUUCAUCAACGAUCCGUUGGAAUGGUAUCUUGGAUGGAACCAACCGUUGAGGAAAACUCGGGCAUAUUCAACAUUUCCUUGAUUGAACCUGCUUCCAAUGGAGGAGAAUACCCAAUUGGUGUUUCAAACAUUACCUAUAUCGUAACCGACGAUGUCGGGUUGAUGGAUUCUUGCAUUUUUUCUGUAGUUGUGAUAGACGAUGAAGAUCCAACUAUCCAAUGUCCGAAAUCCAUCGUUACCAAGACAGCACCAUCUCUAGACUCUGCAGAGAUUAUCUGGCCUCUCCUUAAUGCAUCUGACAAUUCUGGUGUGGAGGUUACAAUCACACCUAAUGGGGAAAAUAGGAAUGGGACUAACUUCACAAUCGGUGCAGAAUUGAUUUCCUAUAUGGCAAUGGAUUCAUCUGGCAAUACCGAGGAGUGUUCAUUUUGGGUCAACGUUACAGACAUGGAACAGCCCAUGAUCACAUGUCCAGUUAUACCCACACUACCAACGGAGGAAGGUGUAUCUUACGCAUAUGUUUCCUGGGAAGAGCCAUCCAUCUACAAUGGAACCAUCACUGAUAAUUCUGGAUCAGCUCAGCUCACAUUUCUUGGUCCGGGGAGUAAUGGAGGAAACUUCGAAAUCGGGAUUCAUGUCUUGACAUAUUUGGUUAUAGAUGAAGCAGGCAAUUCCAAUAAUUGUACAUUCUUGAUUGAUGUCAUCGAUACCGAAAAGCCCCGAAUCACCUGUCCAAACACCACGUCAAACACCACACUUCAUCAACGAUCCGUUGGAAUGGUAUCUUGGUUGGAACCAACUGUUGAGGAAAAUACAGGGAUAUUCAACGUUUCCUUGAUCGAGCCUGCUUUUAAUGGAGGAGAAUACCCAAUUGGUGUUUCAAACAUUACCUAUGUCGUAACCGACGAUGCCGGGUUGAUGGAUUCCUGCACAUUUUCUGUAGUUGUGAUAGAUGAUGAAGACCCAUCCAUUAAGUGCCCCGGAUCUAUUCACGUCACAACGCUACCAGACCUUCCUUCGGCCCUGGUGUCGUGGGAUGACCCAACAGGAAGUGAUAACUCAGGUGACGUUGAUAUUGUUGAAGUGGGACCAAUUCUCAAAGGCGGUGAAUUUGUGAUUGGAGUCAGUAUGAUCACCUACGUUGCAUCAGAUAGAAGUGGAAAUUCUAAAAAUUGCUCAUUCGCCAUUAAUGUUACAGACAAUCAAGACCCCGUCAUUCGGAAUUGUCCUAGUCCAAUAACAACCGUUUCAAGGCCUGGUCUCAAUGUGACUGAAGUCUCAUGGACUUCUCCAAAGGCAACGGAUAACUCUGGGCCAGUGGAACCGGUCUUUAAUGGUCCAGGUACCCAAGGUGGAAACUAUUCUAUUGGGACGGUUACAGCGACUUACACAGUUGAAGACCUGUCGGGAAACAUGGAUACUUGCUCUUUUUCAAUAACCGUACGAGAUUACAAUGACGUUGUAGUGAUCUGUCCAAUGAACGUUGUCGUGUCAACCGAUCUGGGAAGAGCUAGUGCUACUGUUACAUGGUCUGAAGCGACCAAUCCUCCUGGAUGGAGCAAUGUCACCAUUACAUUGGAAGGGCCAAUGGAAAAUGGUGGAGAAUACCCCAUUGGAGAGACUAGCCUCACCUACUAUGCUGCAGAUCCAGAUGGACUGAACGACUCGUGUACAUUCUAUGUUGUCGUGAUAGACGAGGAAAAGCCUAACAUUACUUGCCCCACGCUGGUCAAAGAAUACACUGAACCAAACGUUUCCUAUGCCCGAGUAUCCUGGCCAGAACCUACAACAAUAGAUAACUCUGGUAAUGUAACAGUCUCGUUGAUUGGGCCAGGAUCCAACGGAGGUAUCUUCUACAUAGGUGAUACAAAUGUGUCUUAUCGUGCAGUUGAUGAUGCUGCAAAUCCCAGCUCUUGUAUCGUAACAGUUCGAGUCAUUGAUGACGAACCUCCUGUUCUAACAUGCCCCGAAAACAUUUCGACAACUACUCAACUAGGAUCAUCUAGAUCAAAUGCAGUAACGUGGUAUAAACCUAACGGAAGAGACAACUCUGGAACGGUAACCGUUUCGCAAAUCACCACCGAACAAAAUGGAGGAAAAUUCAAAAUCGGAGUCACCAAUAUUUCUUACCAAGCUGUUGAUGACUCAGAAAAUAAUAUUACAUGUGUGUUCUACAUUCUAGUGGAAGAUGACGAACCUCCGAUGUUACAGUGCCCUGAAUCCCAGUGGGUAUUUACCCAACAAGGCUCUGAUAGUGCCCCUGUCACAUGGAGCGAAGCAAAUGCAACAGACAACUCGGGAGUUGUGACUGUUUUGCUCCUCGGACCAGGUUCUAGUGGUGGACUUUUCAGAAUUGGUUCGACCAAUGUAACCUAUCUAGCAGUAGAUGAUGCUGGGAACAAUGCAACCUGUUUUUUUACUGUUGAAAUCAAAGACAAUGAACCACCAUUUGUAAAUUGUCCUAGCAACAUAUCAUCAACGACGCAAGCAGGAUCACCUUCAUCAGGUCCCAUCACAUGGAGCGAGCCCGUAGGUACUGAUAACUCUGGGUCAGUGACAGUUUCAAUGGUCGGACUGGGCAAUUACAUGAAUGGAGGAAACUUCGACAUAGGUUUGACCAAUGUCACCUACCGGGCGACCGAUGGAUCAGGAAAUACACAUAUGUGCUCAUUUAUCAUCGAAAUACGUGAUGACGAUCCUCCAGAACUGACUUGUCCAGAUUCUAUUUCUGCAGUCGCUGAACAAGGGACAGGUGUAGCUACCGUUACCUGGAUAGAACCAGAUGUACAAGAUAACUCUGGUACGGUAACUGUCACAUUGGCAGGACCAGGAGCUAACGGUGGAAAUUUUAGCAUCGGUAUGACGAACUUGUCCUACCACGCAGUAGAUGAAACAGGAAACGUCAAAUCGUGUAAUUUUUCAAUAUCAGUAGUAGAUCCCUCAAGCUGUAUAUCAAAUCCUUGCCUCAAUGGAGGAACGUGUAAGGAUUUCUCUGGGUUCUUCCUCUGUCGUUGCUCUGAUGGCUUCCAGGGACAGACAUGUCAACAAGCAAUUGUCAGUUGUGAAUCGGGAUCAAACGCUUGUGACUCUACCGAAGAAUGUGCAGAUUCUGUCUGCCGAUGCCGGCCAAAUUUCAUCCGAAUUAAUGGAGAGUGUAUCCAAAACAACAGAUAUCGCCUGACCUUGACUGCCAUAUCUCUACUUGGUGAAUCUCUCGACUAUGUAGACAGCUUAUCUGAUCCGGCAUCAGAUGAAUUUCAGAGCAUUGCUGAGGAUUUUAAAGGAGUGGUUCUUUCGAUCACUUCAUUUAUCAACGAUAUAACAGUCGUUCAGCUUGAAUCGGGAAGCGUCAUCUUCACUUUCGAUAGCUUUGUCAACGUCUCCGUAGGAGAAUCAGUCGUAUUAUCGGAUUUGCAGGAAGCACUGGGAUCUGGAUCCUCCACAAGCGACCUUAUCCUCUCGCCAAAUACAGUUCCAGAAAUUUCAGAUUUUGACGAAUGUGCUGAUGUUGCAACCAAUGACUGUUCGCGAAAUGCCAAUUGUAGGAACACAAUCGGAUCUUAUGAAUGUACUUGCUAUUCAAAUUAUGAUGACGAGUCUAUUAGACAGAGUGGCAGAGGCAGAAUAUGCGUCUUUAAUCGAAGUCUUCUGAUCGCUAUGAUAUGUCUUGCCGUUGGCUUCACUCUUUUUAUCGUUUGCUGUGGUGCUCUGUGCUGCCGCUGGUCUAGACUACAAAAAAUAUAUGCCUUCCAUGAUGGUCAAAAACCUGAUGAAUCAUACAGGCCUCGUCGACCACAUUCGGAGAGGAGCACCCGGGCUAGAGGACCUGACUUCUAUCAUUCUAAACAUUCAGAGUCCUCAGAAAGAAACCCUUCACCUCGUUUCAAAGCGGAUAGCACAAAGAUGUCCGGUGAGGGCUUCUUUCCUUUAGAACGCCCAAAGUCCUCUAGAAGAAACCAAUCCCUUCCUUCCAUUGCUGAUAGCGUAAAGAUGGCCUAUGAGGAUGAUCGGUCUGUAAGAUCUGCUUUCAGCCCUCGCGCAGGGCCUUCGUCUGCACGAAAACACCAUUCUAAUGCUCCUACCCGAUACCCAUUGGAAAGGAAUGACCGCUUCUUAAGGCCGUAUGUGGUAACAGGGAGUGAACCUACAGGAUAUCAGAGGAGGAAAUCGGAAGGAGGAGCUAAAUUCGUCAAUCCACCAAGAUUUAUUCCUUGAAACAAAUCGAGGUGACAAGCUCCGCGACGUUGGGGCAGCAUCGACACUCAUUGAGGCGGUGUAUGACGCCGACGAUGAUGUCGUUAUGAUAGGAUUUAGCGGCUUGGUAGAACAUUUCUAUUUACUUUGAUCGCGAUUCCAUGGCAGUGUAUAAUCAAGAAAACGUUCAGUACCAUCUAGCGGUAGAAUAAAUCACGCCAUGAAUGAUUAUUUAAUCGUAGUAAUCAUUUGAACGAAUGAUUUUCAUGAAUAUGUGCCAAUUAACCGUAUUUUGCUAUAUGAAACUUUCACAACUUAAUGAGUGAUGGAAAGUAGGCUACAUCUUCAGGACAGAAGAUUUUUUUUGUUUUCAGACAAGUGAAGUCGCAUGGUAUAUUUGCCAAUUUGAAGUGAUCUCAGCUUUCACUAUUGACUGUAUGUGACUAUGUAUGUGAACCAUCAUUCUGUUUACCAGAGAAUCAUUAUUGUUAUCACCACUGACGAGUUGUCAACUCUGAAAUACUCCGCAAAAUCCACAAAAUCUAAUUGUUACAUGAGUCAAAGAAGGGGAUCUUGUCAGCCCUGAGAAACGUGGUGAAUACAAACAAAAUACCAACAGUCGUGUUUUUUCUUCGAAUUACUUGUCUCCAGGAAGUUUACUUUAUUGAAAAUGACGGGUUUCUUUUAAUAUUCAAUUUGAGCGUAUCGUUCGAUUAAAGAUCAAGCAAUAAUAUUUACCUAACAGGUGACAGUAUAUAUUUGAUAUCCUAUAUGAUUAAAUCUUUAGUGUAGUUUUGUGGAAUGUAAUACAUUGCAUAAUCCGAUAUUUGAUCAACUUAUUGUGCAUUUUAGUCAGG